CGAGGUACCUCCCAGAGUGAGAGAAGUGGUUGUGAAGCUGAUAAAAUACGCUCCGUAAAAACUAUACUAAUGGGUAGAGGAGUUAGUGUGACUUCAUGGAGAAGUGUCAGUGAUCGAGUUUAUCAAUAUUGUAGAUUAAUUUACGUAGCAAAACAAAUCGUAAAAAGUUUUCAUUUAUGUAAACUUGUCUUUAAAAUAUUAUUCGUUUGCAUACUGCAAUUUGGGUCACGACCUAGUGAAAAUAGAACUUGUUAAUAUGGAGAGUAAGAGCAAAAAUAGAGGAUAUAGUCUGUGACGAACUCCGAACUGUGACAAAAAGUGAAUGAAUAACAACAAAUAACCACCGGCAAUGUUUGAAAAAUUGCUUAAUUCUGGACAGUGAAACCCUAUGACUCGUAAGGUGUGAUGCAGCAGCAAAAUAAAAAUCGAAAAUAAGAAUGCUGAUGAGAAAUUAUUUCCGGUGACAUUUAGUUAAGCCUAAGGUCAACCGGUUUCUUUGAACCUAUCGGAUUCAUUGUGACAUUAAGAUAAUAAUUGUCGGCUUGGUUACUAUUUUCUCUCUCCUUUGUUGAAUUCAAAGGACCUUCCGAGAUGUCACUUGGCAGCAGCAACAGCAAACGCAGGCCAGAGGGCGCACACGAUUCCCUGCCCUUACCCAGGAUUACCCCAGUCGUCGAUAUUUCGGAACAAGACGGAUGUCACCUCCCAUCUGCAAGUGGCGAUGGCGCCACCCAACAAGGACAUGGGCAAGAAAUCGUCAAGAGAGAGCUCAAGGUUUCUACUACCAAUAACGAGACCUUGGUUCACAUCCUAAAGGGUAUGAUCGGUUCGGGGAUUCUUGCGAUGCCGCAAGCGUUCAUGAACUCUGGUCUGUGGACGGGUGUUGUACUAACUCCUCUCCUGGGUAUCGUCUGCAUCCACAGCAUGUUUCUCUUGGUAAGAACGUCGAAGGAGCUCUGCAAGAGAGCCCGAGUCCCUGCUCUGAGCUACGAGGAAUCAGCCGUGGCGGCUUUCGAGUACGGCCCGAAAAGCCUCCGGAAGUACGCAAAGGCUGUGGGUUAUCUCAUCACAGCGUUCCUCCUCAUCACCCAGACCGGUUUCUGCUGCGUCUACUUUGUAUUUAUCCCUCAGAACCUGAAGCAGGCCAUUGACUGCAUGACACCAACUGGGACAGGCAUAAGCCAGUUAGGCUUCAUGGCCAUCACCAUAAUUCCAGUCCUGUUGGUAUGCUUCAUCCCUAAUUUGAAGCUUUUGGCUCCAGUCUCGCUCGUGGCCAGCGUCAUCCAGUCCGUCAGUCUUGUUCUGAUUCUGUACUAUGCCGUCCGAGAUCUGCCUACGGUCAGUGAACAAGUUCCAGCUUUCAACAGCUGGUCGACAAUACCUCUGUACUUGAGUACAGCCGUGUAUGCGUUCGAGGGUAUAGGUCUGAUUCUGCCACUGGAGAAUAAAAUGAAGACGCCCCAGUCUAUAGGAGGACUCAAUGGCGUACUGAACACAGGGAUGUCAGUAACCCUCUGUCUUUACAUCACAAUGGGAUUUUUCGGUUACCUGCAGUACGGGAACGACAUUCAGGGAUCUAUUACGCUGAAUCUCCCUCCCAGAGAAGGCUUAGCACAAGCAGUGAAAAUACUAAUGGCUCUAUCUAUAUUCUUCACGUAUCCUUUGAUGAUGUACGUCACCUUCGAGAUUGGUAUACCUGUUGUUACCCGAAUCGUUGAGGGGAAGAAGAAAAAACUAAUAGUCGAAUAUGCCUUUCGGACGGCUCUCGUUCUUCUGACGUUCGCCCUGGCCGCCGCAAUCCCGAACAUCGGCCUCUUCAUUUCUCUCAUCGGAGCAGUGAGCAGCUCGGCCCUGGCUGUCAUUUUCCCGCCAAUCAUGGAGGCCAUCACCUUUUGGCCCGAAAAGGGGAAAUACAACUACAGAAUUAUUAAGGCCGUGCUCAUGGUCGCAUUCGGCCUGCUGACCUUCGUGACAGGCACUAUCACAAGCGUGCAGGAAAUUGUUCGUUUCUUCGCCAGUGGGGAGGAAGGAGCUCCGUUCGAGUGCUGAGUUGGUUCGCUGGGGCCAUUACCGACAACAAUAACUUAAUAUAUUUAAAAGUACAGGGAUAAACAAACACGUAAAUGGACAGAGUUCACUGACCAAGCGCACGAAUUAAAAUGGCAUUUAUAUACGUAAUACAUACAUAACCGCACAUACAUUUUGCAUAUAUAUAUAUAUAUAU